GGCAGUAUUGUCGUAUUACGCAAUAUUCGAGCUAGCGAUCAGACUGUGUCUUAUUCUAAUUUCCAUAUAUUGUCUUUGGUAUCGUUAGAAUUUCUCCUGGGUUCUCUACUGGCAUACAUCUACAAAUAUGCCAUGGUUCCUUUCUUCAACAGCGUAAAAGAAGAACAAUAUAAGUUUCUGAUCGCUGCUAUGGCUCCUGGGUCGGUCAUCAUUCCCGCUGUAAUUUGUAGGUAUAUUGCGUCGAGAAAAAGUUUCGAAGUAGUGCAUCCCGGCCGGAGUUUUGUCCUGGUGUACUUUCUCCGAGGUGGUGUAAUUUACCUAUACCGUACCAUGCAAGCAGACUUUAAAAACAUUUGGCUGUUUGUUGGACUUUCAUUAUUUUCUGGUGCUUUGAACUUUUUAAAGAAAGCAACCUAUCGCUUAAGAAUGAGAUUGUGGAGUUACAUCAUCUCACAGUUGAGGCGAACUGUUUGCUGUCAAAGACUUCACGAAAUGCCUCGUGACACACCACACUACAGAAGGUUAAGAGCAGAUUUAGAAAUACAAGACAUGCUUUUUGAGUAUAUUACACUCGUUGUAAGUCAAGGAACUUUGGUUUUGUACACUAUACAAAGUUUUAAACUUUCUGUUUCGUCCAUCAUUUACGAGUCUUUGAGGAACAUCGGUAUCGGCAUUGGAAUCGACUUCUUUUUCAAUGUCUUAUCCAAUUUGGUUCAAAUUCAUUACUACAACAUUCCAAUUAGUCGUGUGUGGUCAAAGUACUGGAAACGACAUGUGUUGGCCAACCUCAUCAUUCUCAUUGUGAUGGCGUCGUAUUUCAGCCCAGUCCUUCUCUCGGUUUUUCAGGCGCGCGUCAAUGGGAUUGGCGCGAGAAACGGGACAUACAUAGUCAAGAAUUGCUCGUUGUUCUAGUCGGGAGGUUCUAAAGAUACAGAUACAGUAGAUCCCAGGUUUCCCAUAUAAUUCUAGCGUAGCGUAGUAAAUCCCA